AUGGCCGAUCAAGUUUCUGCUGCACCACUCGAUCGUGUCUAUGGUGUCACGAACAUCAAAACACACGUUCUCUUUCUCCUCGACAUCGAUGACGGAAAUUACGACGCAUGGCGCAAGCUAUUCCGGACCCAUUGUCAGAGUUUUGAUGUCGCUGGACAUCUCGAUGGCACUGUCUUGCCAGCGAACGAUGCCGACGAAGCAUGGACAAAACGUGAUGGCGUUGUCAAGCUUUGGAUCUAUGGCACUCUCUCCAAGGAUCUCUUCCGGAGCACGUUCAAAACUGGAGGAACGGCUCAUGAGAUCUGGCUUCGCCUUGAAACCUUCUUCCGUGACAAUAAGGAAGCUCGGGUGGUUCAACUCGAUCACAAGCUUUGUUCACAAGAGAUUGGCGAUCUCUCCAUUCACGCCUACUGCCAGGAACUAAAGUCUAUAGCUGAUCUCAUGGCAAACGUCGACGCUCCUGUUUCCGAAUGA